AUGGUUGAUCAAAGUAAUGCACAAAUUCAUGUAUCAUCAAAUUAUUCCGGUGUAUGCCAACACGUACCAUUUUCCAAUGAAGAUUUGAUUAAAAUAACAACACAAGUAGAGAUUAAUCUUUUACAUGGUCCAACCCUUUUUUCACUAAAAUACCGAAUGCUUCCUUGUCGAAUGAAUCGAGAAUCAUAUGAAAAUUAUAGAUACACCUAUCUUGAUACGAUAUCAAGUUCAUUGGAUGAUGAACAAACAUCUACGACACAGGGCAAGAAAGCUGGUAUUUAUCAUACAACAAGUAUCCUACGAUUUCUUGUUGAUGAAUAUAAAGUUGAUCCAAAUACAUUUAUUUAUAAACGUACAUAUGAUUAUAAAAAUAAAAUAAAAAUCAUGUCUCGUAUUUAUAUCGAUCUUGGUAAUUAUGUUUCAAUAUUGUUUGAAAAUGGAUUCAGAAGUAGCAAACCCAUGGACAAUCCAAAUGAAUUAAAACCUGAUGAAGAUAAACAGAUUUUCUAUUGUUUUUCCAAUUUUGAAAUCUAUCAUGUACCUCAAUCCGUUGAGAGAGCCGAUCUAGUAUUAAAACAAUUAUCUCAAUUUGAAUUAUAUAACGAAGAAAAAGCUAAUCUUCAAAUGGUUUGUUAUAAUGAUAAACUAAGCUUUUAUCUUUCACCUAUAAAAAUGAAACAACCUGAUAUUGUUGAUCUUAAACUUCAGUAUGGUGAUGAAUUUCCAAAUAUUCAUAAAAAACUUCUUAAAACAUUACAAGAAAAUAAAUCCAGUGGAAUAACUAUGCUUCAUGGUCUACCAGGAACAGGAAAAACAAGUUAUUUACGUUAUUUAAUUAAUGAAGUUAAAAGUAAAGAAAUAAUUUAUGUUCCACCUGAUCUUGCUCAUAAAAUAUCAGAACCAAAUUUCUUACCAUUUCUUCUUUCUCAUUCGAAUUCAAUUUUGAUUAUUGAAGAUGCUGAAAAUAUUAUUCAUGAUCGAACAGAUAAUACUGUUUUACAUAAACAAGCUGUAGCAAAUUUACUUAAUCUUUCUGAUGGAUUACUUGGAGAUGCAAUGCAUCAACAAAUUAUUUGUACAUUUAAUUGUGAUAUUCAAAGUAUUGAUCCAGCUCUUUUACGUGAUGGACGAUUAGUUAUGGAAUAUAAAUUUGAUAAAUUAAACAUUGAAAAUGCUCGUCGAUUAUGUAAACAUCUUGAUAUGGAAGAUUAUGGAAAUAAUAUUGAAAAACCAAUUAGUUUAGCAGAAAUUUAUGCAAAAAAAACUACGGAAAAAGAAAUUUUAACAAUGAAUGAUGAUUCAAUUGCAAUUAAUCAACGAAUAUUAAGAGAUAAAAUUCCACAAAUGGAAAAUUUGCUUAAUCUUUAUUCUUAA